AUGUCGGGUCUCUGUGUGAAGGAACGUCUGAGUGGGACUAACUGUGCUUCCACAAAGACGCUGCAGGCCAGCGAGCAUCAGGACCCGCCUCCACAACAGCUGCUUCCAAUCACAGUCAGACCAGUGGCACAAGACACUGAGGAGGGCAGGAAGGACCCCAGGACACAAAUACCUCCUUUCCCUCACACCGGGCACGCCUCUCCUGGACCCUCUCCUGGACCCCUACCCCGGACCCCUUCCCUGGAGCCUUCUCCUGGAGCCUUCUCUUGGACCCCUCCACCUGGACCCCUCCCCUGGACUCCCCUCCUGGACCCCUCUUCUGGACCCUCUCCUGGACCCCUCUUCUGGACCCUCUCCAGGACCCCUCCACCUGGACCCCUCCCCUGGACCCCUCUCCUGGACCCCUCUUCUGGAUCCCUCCCCUGGACCCCUUUCCUGGGCCCCUCUUCUGGACCCCUCUCCAGGACCCCUCCCCUGGAUCCCUCUCCUGGACCCCUCCCCUGGACCCUUCUUCUGGACUCCUUUUCUGGACCCCUCCCCUGGACCCCUCUCCUGGACCCCUCCCCUGGACCCUUCUUCUGGACCCCUUUUCUGGACCCCUCCCCUGGACCCCUCUCCUGGACCCCUCCCCUGGACCCUUCUUCUGGACCCCUUUUCUGGACUCCUCCCCUAGACCCCUGCCAUGGACCCCUCUUCUGGACCCCUCCUCUGGACCCCUCUCCUGGACCCCUCCCCUGGAUCCCUCUCCUGGACCCCUCCCCUGGACCCCUCUUCUGGACCCUUUUCCUGGGCCCCUCUUCUGGACCCCUCUCCUGGACCCCUCCCCUGGAUCCCUCUCCUGGACCCCUCCCCUGGACCCUUCUUCUGGACCCCUUUUCUGGACCCCUCCCCUGGACCCCUCUCCUGGACCCCUCCCCUGGACCCUUCUUCUGGACCCCUUUUCUGGACCCCUCCCCUGGACCCCUCUCCUGGACCCCUCCCCUGGACCCUUCUUCUGGACCCCUUUUCUGGACUCCUCCCCUAGACCCCUGCCAUGGACCCCUCUUCUGGACCCCUCUCCUGGACCCUCCUCUGGACCCCUCCCCUGGACCCCUCUCCUGGACCCUCCUCUGGACCCCUCCCCUGGACCCCUCCCCUGGACCCUUCUUCUGGACCCCUUUUCUGGACUCCUCCCCUAGACCCCUGCCAUGGACCCCUCUUCUGGACCCCUCUCCUGGACCCUCCUCUGGACCCCUCCCCUGGACCCCUCUCCUGGACCCUCCUCUGGACCCCUCUCCUGGACCCCUCCCCUGGACCCUUCUUCUGGACCCCUUUUCUGGACCCCUCCACCUGGACCCCUCCCCUGGACCCCUCCACCUGGACCCCUCCACCUGGACCCCUCCCCUGGACCCCUCCACCUGGACCCCUCCCCUGGACCCCUCCCCUGGACCCCUCUCCUGCCACAUCCACUGUCCAACUACCACACCCACUGUCAAACUACCACUCCCACUGUCCAACAACCACACCCACUGUCCAACUACCACACCCACUUUCCAACAACAACACCCACUGUCCAACAACCACUCCCACUGUCCAACAACCACACCCACUGUUCAACUACCACACCCACUGUCCAACUGCCACACCCACUGUCCAUCUACCACACCUACAUUCCAACAACCACACCCACAGUCCAACAACCACACCCAUUGUCCAUCUACCACACCCACUGUCAAACUACCACCCCCACUGUCCAUCUACCACAUCCACUGUCCAACAACCACACCCACUACUACCACACCCACUGUCCAACAGCCACAUCCACUGUCCAACUACCACACCCACUGUCAAACUACUACCCCCACUGUCCAUCUACCACCCCCACUGUCCAACAACCACACCCACAGUCCAACAACCACACCCACUGUCAAACUACCACCCCCACUGUCCAUCUACCACACCCACUGUCCAACAACCACACCCACUGUCCAACAACCACACCCACUGUCCAUCUACCACACCUACUGUCCAACAACCACACCCACUGUCCAACAACCACUCCCACUGUCCAACUACCACACCCACUGUCAAGCUACCACCCCCACUGUCCAUCUACCACCCACACUGUCCAACAACCACACCCACUGUCCAACUACCACACCCACUGUCCAACUGCCACACCCACCAUCCAUCUACCACACCUACAUUCCAACAACCACACCCACAGUCCAACAACCACACCCACUGUCCAACUACCACACCCACUGUCAAACUACCACCCCCACUGUCCAACAACCACACCCACCGUCCAACAACCACACCCACUCUCCAACAACAACACCCACCGUCCAACAACCACACCCACUGUCCAACUGCCACAUCCACCAUCCAUCUACCACACCUACAUUCCAACAACCACACCCACAGUCCAACAACCACACCCAUUGUCCAUCUACCACACCCACUGUCCAACAGCCACUCCCACUGUCCAACUACCACACCCACUGUCAAACUACCACCCCCACUGUCCAACUACCACACCCACCAUCCAACAACCACCCCCACUGUCCAACUACCACACCCACCAUCCAACAACCACCCCCACUGUCCAUCUACCACACCCACUGUCCAACAACCACACCCACUGUCCAACUACCACCCCCACUGUCCAUCUACCACCCCCACUGUCCAACUACCACACCCACCAUCCAACAACCACACCCACUGUCCAGCUACCACACCCACUGUCCAACAAAAAGAUCUGACUGUCCAACUACCACACCCACUGUCCAACUACCGCACCCACUGUCCAACUACCACGCCCAUUGUCCACCUACCACACCCACUGUCUUUCUUAUUACAGUCUUUCAUAACACUCCCACCUGA